ACCUGACCUUACUGGAGAUCAACACAGUUUUAAAGUACUUCACCAUGGACGGGCUUGCUGUGUUUAUUAUCAUCACUGGAAUAGUAUCACAAGCUGCAGGCCUUUUCCUAACCAUCGAGCCUCACAAGAUACAGUACAUUGGGGGAAAUGACGUCACGAUCCGUUGUGGUCUUGGAAAGACUGAUAUCGAGACAGUUGGAUGGAUGCAAAUAUCAAAACAAACUUUAUUGAUGGAGAAGAGACCGUAUCUGUUGCUGAGAGUGAUAGAUGGUACAGGGCCAGAAUGGAGUUCUGGAAUCGACGAUGAAAAAAUGGACGAAAAAGCAUCGGUGAGCUAUUCGACAGUACCAUUAGAAGAAACCUAUUUGGAAUUUACUCUACAUCAGAUUGAAUGUGACGAUGGAGGUGUAUAUUCAUGCGAGGUUUCAGGGACGAACCAGAACGGAAGUGUGAUAAAGGAACAUAUUCGAGAGGAACUCAUUGUUUAUUCUUUUGGACAAGAGCCAACUAUAACUUACUUCUCGGCCAAGGUGCCUAACCAGGAAUUGAUUGUGGACUCAGGUAGUGAGGUUACGCUCCUGUGUAACGGUCUGGUAGGCAAACCUUCCAUGCCAAUAACUUGGUACCAAUACAACGCUAAAGCGGGAGCGUUUACACAAGUGGAGGAAGGUGUUAGUCAAGAAACAUUGAUGGUUGAAAAGAACAGUAUGUGUUCUUACAACGGGAGCAGCUACCUGACAUUUACUGCGAGCGGUUAUGAAACAGAGGUCACAUUUAGAUGCGGUAUCGGUCAGAGGUUUGAUACCAUUACCGUGAUAACCACAUAUACAGCGAGGAGAAGUUUUAAUCGGAUUUUCGGAGACGAAAAUGUUACUCCGUAUCCAGACUCCAGUGCAAACAAUAGAAAGGAGAAAGGACUGCUACUCAGCAUUAACCCUUCAAAGGUGCAGUAUCAAGGCGACUUUGAUGUCACAAUAAAAUGUUCCAUUGGAGAUUUAGCUGAUAAUCUAACAGAAUUCGGAUAUAUCCAAAUUCAGAAAGAAGGUCCUGUUUCCUUGAAACGUCCCUACCUAACACUUCGCCGAACAAAUGGAACCGGGCCAGAAUGGGGAACUGGGAUAGAUAGGGUGAACCUCGAGAGUAAAAGCACAGUGACGUACCGGCGAUAUCCUUUAGAGGAACUCUUCAUACAAGUCACGCUACAUAGGAUGGAGUGUGAUGACGAGGGAAUCUACACGUGUGCUCUGUUUGGAAUUUAUAAUGGACAUAGCAUGGAAGUGAAGACUAAGAGGGAAGAGCUAUCGAUAUACACGUAUGCAGGCGAACCACAAAUAACAGUAGAUGGACAAGUGUACCCUAGCAAGGUAAUCCAUGCUUAUCCUGGCACCAAUCUCACAUUGACGUGUUCCGGACCCGUAGGUAAACCACAAGCGCCUAUACAAUGGUAUAAAUACAAUAUGAUGUCUGGAGCCUACAUCUACACGACGACUGGAACGAAACCAGAAACCAUUGACUUACCUAUUGACCACCUUUGUCGAUAUACUGGAACGUCCACCAUGACAUUUCUGACGACUACGUUUGAACAGGAUGUGACGUAUGAGUGCAAGAUUGGCGCUUUUGCGGAUAUCAUUACCGUUAUCGUGGAUGGCGGUUCGAAUGAUAUAGGGCCGUUAUACAGCCGCCAGAAACAGUUAACAGCACGCCAAGGAAUCAAUAUUGCUGAGUUCCACAAAGGUUCGCGUGUUCUGUGCCUCAUUUUAGCAGUGCUGGUUUGGUUUAAAAUCAGGAAUUGAUCAGAGUCCCUGACAAGAAUUGUUUGUUGAUUAUUUUGAACAUAUUUAUGUCUUAUUAUAUAAUGCUUUAUAAAGCUUUGUUGAUGUGAAAAUGACAAUGAUUAAUUUAAAAACUUGACUUAAGCCUAGGUUUUGGGGUCUUUGAAGAAGAAGCAAAACCAUGUUGUAAGUUUGUUGAAUAUCAAAACAUCCAUCUUCUUUGUAUACAGUACAUUGUAUUUAACUUAGUUUUUAAGGUUAACCGAUAUUGGUGUUACAUUAACAUCAAUGAAAUAAGCAAUGAUAUAUUAAUAUCGAUGCAUUACGCCUAUAACGCCGAAAAUCAAUAAUACUAUCCUGAUAUCAAAACACGAUUUCAUAUGUUUUAAAAGAUAUUCCACACAUUUUAGAAGAUUUCAUGAUUUUUUUUGUGAAAUCCUAUAACCGUUUCUACUUAUAUUCCUAUUGAGAUCAAACGCCUAUAAUUGCAUAUGAACAAAAGUAUGACAUUUGAUUUGUGGUAAUUCUGUAUAGAUCUGGCUAGAUCGUUUUAAGAUCCUGUGAGAUUUCCGUUUUUGAUCCCCCGAUCCGUGAUAUCAAAGUAUACCCUUGAUGAUUUUUAAAAUAACUUAGCUGUGAGUUUGUCCUCAUGGACAUUACACGCUCUCGAAAACUACAUCUAAAACCGCUUUCUCUGUCUCAAGAUGUAAGUUGUCAAAAAUGACUGUUUUACUGUCUGUAAAUAGUCAGUCGACAAUAGGCUGUUUGUCGAUAUAGAUAUAUUCCAAUAUGUGACGACAUCAUUAAUAUGAUAGUCGACUUGGGCCAGUGUGUCGAGAAUAGGCAUGAUCACACUUGUAUAAACACAUUUUCCCUUUGUUUAGAUACAGGCUGUUGGCCAUAUUGUUAUGUGUUUACUCAGAACAAUAUUUCAUUUAGAAAUGUUGUGCGUAGUGGUAACUUUCCGUAUGCACUUGAGUAAACACACAACCCGGCACUUUACUUUUGGCCACGAGAUUAUUAUAAUGAGAAUGAAUGAUUAAUAGGAUUUCGGGAUAUGUUUUCAUGAAAAUCAUUUUUAAAUCUAACAUUUCGCGAUUUCUACCUUCACGCAGCAUAUAUGUAACUUUAUAUGUUUAUUACAUUGAUGAAAUGAAUAAUUUUAAUAGACUGAUUUAUUUUGUGACAUAAUGUGCUGCGCAUAAUUGUAGACACAAAUAAAAACAAUGAUACAAGUAAAAUAAAUCUUGUUUUCUUA